GGGGGUUUGUAAAUAAAUGUUUUGUAUAUUGCAGUAGGCCGACGUAUACGAUUAGUGAACGGAUCAGGAAUACGAACACAAGGCAGAGUUGAGAUUCAGAUCAACGGGACAUGGGGCACUGUCUGCGAUGAUGGAUUUGAUAGCAGGGAUGCUGGAGUUAUCUGCGCUAUGAUGGGGUUCAGUCGCACAUGUACGUUUGGUGAAUGGUGCUACAAGAUAUGAAGGAAGAGUUGAAGUAUUUCAUGAUAAUAGAUGGGGUUCAGUUUGUGAUCAUGGCUUUCAUCAGAAGGAGGCGGCUGUUGUCUGUCGCAGUUUGUCAUUGCCAAGUCAGAAUGCACAGGUAUAUGGGAGUGGUCACUUUGGACGAAGUAUGGGACCGAUAUUCCUAAAGUCUUUUUACUGUGAGGGAUAUGAACAGCACCUGGAUCAAUGCUACUUCAGAUCCUGGUACAACUAUAACUGUCACCAUGGAAACGAUGUAGGAGUCAGCUGUCAAUUUGGCCCGGACUCCGUUACAUUCAGUCCACCCACACCUGGAUUAGUUGUAGAAGGAGAGAGUCUGAAUAUCGCCUGUGUUGCUGAGUGCCACCCACCUUGUUCGUAUUCCUGGGCACCGGGGAGUCCACACUUCACUUCCAGACCUGUGUUAACACUGUCAAACAUCAACAUGAGUCAGACGGGUAGUACAUAUACAUGUACAGCAAAGAAUAUUGGCUCAGAUACAUCUAGAAGUAACCAAUUCUUGCUAAUAGUCCACAGUAUGCCGAUUAUUCCCUCUAACAUCAGCACACGCAACAUCAGUCCAACUGUUGUGUCUGUAACUUGGGUAGAGGAAUUCAAUGGUGGAGCAGCACAGAUGUUUCUUGUACAAUACCGACGAGAUGCAACAUCGCAGUGGACGAAUUUUACUGAAAUAGUUUCUGAAAGAGGCAUGGGCAUGAAGCACACUAUUCUAAUACCAGAUCUACAUCCAAAGACGAGAUAUCUGGUGCGAGUUCUGGCGUUUAACAAAUAUGGAUACGAAGACUUCACAGAGGAACAGGAGAUUUUGACAGCAGAAGCAUCUGAUCAAUUGGAUAUUUUGCCAGUGGCUGUAGGCAGUGUAUCAGGAUUAAUAAUUUUGAUUCUGCUUCUUGUCGUGGCUACUUUAGUCUGUCGAAGAAGCAACAAUAAAGAUAAAGACACUGACGAUCAUACAUAUGAUUCAAGUCAGCCAAACACUAUAUCGCAGACAGUGAUGCAAUAUAACAACCCAACGUAUGGACAUGAAGAGAGACCAGCACGUGGGACACGUUCAACAAUCGCUGACAGAGACGAAGCACCAUAUGGUACUUUUUCACCGUUUACGAAAAUUUAAAAUAAGUUGUCACAGACUAAGACACGUGUGCUGUACAUCGCUUCAGAAGACAAACGGAAGAGAUGAAUAUGACUAUAAUGAUGACGUUAAUCACAAACAUUUAACAUGACUCUUUAUGUACUUUUACUGUUAUUAUCAGUUACUGUUGUGCAAGCUUUCGUUUGCGAAAAUCUUCAUAUUUGUAAAUUGUUUUGUUCUGAACAUUUCUUCGAUAUCUUAUAAACAGAACUGAAUAGUUGCCUCCUGUAUCAUAUUCAUCAGGAUUUUAGAGAGAAUUUAGAGAAAAUCUGACGUCAUUUUAGUCAAACGAGCACAUGACACAAAUUAAAUAUGGCCGCCCGGUCAUAUGGCAUCAUUUUGGCAGUAAAGAUUUGGAUUGAUUAUAAUUGAUUGAUUAGCAACACAUAUCUUAUGCAGAAAAACACUUACUCCAGAGUACUACUAAUCCUGUUAUUAUUAAUACUACUACACUUUCUCUUUCUCAUCCUAUUAGUGUGGUUUCUUGUUGCUGGUUGUUGUGUUUGUAUUUGUUGUUUUUUGUUGCCGGUUUUUUUUGGUUGUUGUUUUUAGUUUUCACUUUAUUUUAUUGUUUUGUUGUUGUUUGUAUUUGUUUUCUUUUUUCAUUUAUUUCGUUAUGUGAGCGGUGAGUCUAUUGCCUAACAAAAACACAAUUAACGAUGGCAAUGUUCAAUAAUUGUAUUAUUUUAAUACACUUUUGACAGUACUGUAUGAAAAAAGGAGUCACAGUAACUACGGAUAUGGAACGUUUUACGUAUAACCGGCCAUUUCUAUCGAAAAAUUUCCAUUGUAAUCUCAUAAAGGCAAUUCCAGCCCAAAACGCAGAAAGCGAGUGGAAUCACCAUGUGUCCGGAAGACAACGCCUACCAUUCUUCUCAUCCCACCCCACGAUUUUUGAAGAAAUAUAAUUGUGAUUGGCCUUCCUAUUACAAUUUUCUACAUUUAUUCAUUAAAGUCAAAGAAAAUUGUAUUAGAUAUAUCAACAUUUAUUUAUGUUGCAAUGCAAAGACGUAAAACGUUCUUGUUUCCUCCUCUACUACCACUACUAUAUUAUCAACAUUACUACUACUACUACUACUAACAUUAUUAUUAAUUAAUAAUUAAUUUUUAUAUACAUUUCCAUGUUUUGUAUUUACUAAAAUGUUUAAAUGUAGUUUGUUACCAUAUUUUACUUAACACUAUUGUGUUAAUAACCAUGCAAUAUAUUUUGUAUGUUUUAUCCAAGGGUAUAAUAAACUUAUUAAUUGAU